AAACUCACUGCCAACAUGUCUGAUACCGAGGAAGUGGAACAAGGAGAGGAGGAGUACGAAGAAGAAGCUCAUGAAGAAGAAGAGGCUCAGGAGGAAGAAGUCCAUGAACCAGCCCCCCCUCCAGUUCAUGAGCCAGCAGAGGAAGCUCCCGAGGAAGAGGAGAAGCCCAGAAUAAAACUAACUGCUCCUAAAAUACCAGAGGGUGAGAAAGUAGAUUUUGAUGACAUCCAAAAGAAAAGGCAGAACAAAGAUCUGAUUGAACUGCAGGCCUUGAUUGACAGCCACUUUGAAGCCAGGAGAAAGGAAGAGGAAGAGCUUGUUGCCCUCAAGGAGAGAAUUGAGAAGCGCAGAGCUGAAAGAGCAGAGCAACAGAGAAUCCGGGCUGAGAAGGAGAAGGAGCGUCAGGCAAGGCUUGCGGAGGAAAAGGCACGGAGAGAGGAAGAAGAUGCCAAGAGAAAAGCUGAGGAUGAUCUGAAGAAGAAGAAGGCUCUGUCCUCCAUGGGUGCAAAUUACAGCAGUUAUCUGGCUAAGGCUGAUCAGAAGAGAGGAAAGAAGCAAACAGCUAGAGAGACAAAGAAGAAGAUCCUGGCAGAGAGGCGCAAGCCCUUGAACAUUGACCACCUUAAUGAAGACAAGCUGAGGGACAAGGCCAAGGAGCUAUGGGACUGGUUAUAUCAGCUGGAGACUGAAAAAUAUGACUUUACAGAGCAGAUCAAGAGGAAAAAAUAUGAGAUUUUAACAAUGCGUUGCAGGCUGCAGGAGCUUUCCAAGUUAUUGUCACCCUCAGGAACCGGAUCGAUCAGGCCCAGAAGCACAGCAAGAAGGCAGGAGCCAAGGGCAAGGUUGGCGGGCGCUGGAAGUAAAGAACCAGGCAGGAUGGCCUUUAGUGGUGCGCUGAAACCUUGCUGGUCUCCUCUUUCUUCCUUCACCGAUCACUUGUGUUCUCACGCCUCAAUGAUAACAAAAAUUGCAUCAGCCUGGAUUGGCUAUUGCUGCUGCUUUUCUUCUCUUUCUUCCUGGAGGGGUCUGGUGGCUUCCUCAAGGGGAAGCAGGUUCCCUGUGGAACUGAGAUGACUCCUUGCUGGCAUUUUCAAUUCCUGCUGAACAUGUCCCUUUAUCCUCCUGAUACCAGCCCUAUGCUCUCCUGUAGAUUGCUGUGUACAAAUCUCUGGAUUUUGUAAAUAAAGCACAACCAGUACCUACUCCAA